CAUCAGAAACUGACUGAAAGGAAACUGAGACACAAACAGAUGACAGAAGAAGAAGAAGAAGGAGGACGAACCCUCCCAGAGACUCCCCCCCUCCUCCUCUGGGCUCGGCCGUUUGUUCUGUCAGACGGACGGAAAGACUCAAAGAGAAGGAAUGAAAGAAGAAGAACAGAAGGAGGAACAGAACAGAACACCGGAGCUGCAGCUAGAAGUGGAAUAAAGAGGACAGAAAGUUGGGAAAGACUGGAAACUGAAAGAAGGAAAAGAAGCAGAGGAGGGUUUCGGAGGAGGGGGAGGUCGUAAAAACCUCCACAGCUGUGAGCAACACUCAUGACAGGACUCACAUGCUGCAGCCAACAACACAAACAGACACACAAAGCUGGACGGAGAGAGGAGGAGAGGCCGGGCAGCGAUGGGCAGCAAGCAUGGAGGCUCCCAUUGACUUGUACAGACACUUCUCAUGGCUCAGAAAGGGAAGUCACUGCUCCAAGUACAACUGUAACAAGUACAGCAAAAACUACGAGUACAAUAACUACAACAACUAUAGCAGCUACUACAACUGCAGCUACAACAGCAACUACAAAUAUAACAACUGUAACAAGUACAGCAAAUACCACAACUACUACAUGACAACUACCACAGCAAGUUCAACAACUACUACAACUACUAGUAUAGCUACAACACCAACUACUACUACAACAAGUACAACUACCACGGCUAGUACAACUACUGCAACGACAACUAUAACAGCAGCUACAACCAUAAUAACAAGGACGACAACAUGUACAAGUACAGUCGACAACUGCUACAACUACAAGUACUGCAACUACAAUAACAAGUACAACAACUACCACAAGAACAAGUAUGACUACUACGAUGAGUACAGCAACUACAAUAGCAACUACAAGAACUACCCCAACUACAAGUACAACUACUGCAAGGAGUGCACCAACUACAACAACGACUACGAGUAUAAAAACAACAACUACUAGAACGACAAGUACAACAAAAACUACCACUUCAACAGGUGAGCGUUUGUUCUCCGACCAACAAUGAAACGUACCAGGAACGUUUGCUGCGACUAGAAGGAGACAAGGAGUCGCUGGUGCUGCAG